AUGGUUGACUACAGUAAAUGGGACAAAGUAUGGGUUAGCAGCAGCGAAGAUGAGACACCUGGCGCGUCGUGUGCUUCUAGAAAGCAUGUGCUUCCCGCCACCAGCAGUAGUCAUAGGAAUAGCUGCAGCAGCAACUUCAGUAGCGGCGGGUUUGAUUACAGCAAGUGGGACCAUUUGGUGGACGAAGAACAGGAGAGUUUUUCUUCCCCUCGUGUCCGUCGUCUGUCCAAGGGUCAGGCGGUAACCAUUGGGCGCGAAGGACUCUACAUACACCCCAAAGGAGCAGCAGCAGAGGCCGCGAUGCAGCAGACGCAGCUUAAGGAAUGGAUGGAAGAAGAGCAACAGGAGGAAAUGCAGCAGACAGGCAUGUCUUUUGAGGAUGCUCAUGAGUGGCCCCGCUGCGGUUCCGUGCAGGCAGCUGAGCUACCUGCAGCAAGCACAGCAGCAGGCCAACCAGCGGGUCUGGCAAGGGGUACCGGCCGGACUGAGAUGCAGCAACUGGUGAGAAACGGAGGGGUGCAAGAAGGUCGGUACUUCUGGAGACAAACAGCUAGGGAAGUAACGAUAUCUCUGGCUCUACCGGCUGGCGUCAGGGGUAGAGACCUCCGUGUGAAACUAAGAGAGCAUGCGCUGCGCAUCUCGUGCACUAACCAGGCAAACUCUUCUGCAACAGGAACCAGAACCAGUAGCGGAGGUAGCGAGAAGGUGUUGCUAGAAGGAAGAUUUCCACACCCCAUAGAGGAAGAUGACGAUUGCUGGCUCUGGGAGGUGACUGAGAGGCGCAUCGAUUGGCAACAGCUCCAGCAAGCUGCCACACAGCAAAAUCACGAACCGAAAGAAGCUAUGAGUUUUGAAGGCAGCAGCGGCGGUGGCGUAUUCGUCGAGCCGAAGCAGACUUCACUACCCACAGCUUUCUUCUUGGAUCUACACCUGCGAAAGAAAGCAGUCCUACCCUUAGCUAACGUUUGGUGGACCUGCAUUUUGAAGGGUGAGGCACAAAUAGACGUGACUCAGUUGACGGAUCGCAGACACAGCGAAAAAACGCAAAACUUCAAGUCCGCAUGGGAGGCAGCGCACGCUGCUUUCAAGAAGAUUAAGCAUCACGACACCAGCAACUUGGCUUGCAUUUUAACUACUGCUGAUGCGGCCGCCGCUGCGUCGGCUACAAGUGAUGCGGCCGCCGCUGCGCAAACCAGUGGCACCAGCAAAUUUUUAAAAAAGGCACCACUACUUGCUGCUACAGCUACAGCACCGCCCCUACGUGCUUUGAUGCAUAAUGCCAAAAACACUCGCAGUAUGGGUGUCCUGCCAGAUUUUCCGCUGCUGGAGAAAUGGCCCACGCAGCUAGACCUGAGAGGCAACAGCGCCCGAAGCGGCGAACAGUGGCUACACGGCUGGGAGCGGCUUAUCGUGAAAUCGAGUACGAUCAUCACCUCAGUAAAUGGGCUCGUAGACGUUCGUGUACGAGUAGCUGCGGCGGCAGCACAAACGGCAACAGCAAAGACCUCACGCCUGUACGAAAGACAACCAGGGGCCGGGGACCAAGAAGUGUUGGACAGGGAUAAGAGUGAAGGUAUAGGGCUUGGAUUAAAAGGUGGGGGUUUGGGCUGGGGGAUUGCCUGGAGAAUAGGACGAAGAGGAAACGGAACCAAACAAACUGAGAGCGAUGAGCCCGCAUUCCCCUACACGCAGGACAGCAGACUCCACGGCUUGUGCUGCUCGAUCUGCCGAGUGCUCCGGAACCUAUGGACACGGGCUGCAAAACAGGCUCCUGUGCAGGCAACAAUGAGGGCAACAGAAGGUGGAGUAGAAGUGCGAUGUGGCGUACUUGAAGGCGGCCAGGGGGGUGAGGCACGUAGCUACGUCUCUGAGCACAGCAACACAUUAAAGCUGUCCUCAAUCACCAAUUAA